CGGGAUACGAUCCGAUAUCUAUAAAGAGAGGAACUGCAUAUCUCUCUCUCUCUCUCUUUCUGUUUUGGAAGUGAAGAAGAUGAAUGCAGAGAGCUUAUUAGCAUCAGCAGCCAUAAACAUAGGACUGGCUUUGAUAGUGCUCUCUCUCUUCUCAAUCUUGAAGAAACAGCCUUCAAAUGCCGUUGUCUAUUUCUCCCGCCGCCUCUCCAAGCACGACCCAAUCUCCUUCCCCCCUUCUUUCUCUCUCCUCAGAUUCAUCCCCUCUGUCUCCUGGAUCAGACACGCUUUCCACGUCUCUGAUGAAGACAUAAUCCACCGCUGUGGCCUUGACGCCCUCGUCGUCAUACGCCUCUUCAAGCUCGGCAUCAAAUUUUUCUUGGUUUGCUCUAUGAUUGGGUUGGUCAUACUUCUUCCAGUCAAUUACAGCUGCCAACAUGGUCUUUCAAGGAGUAGAGAAUCACAUUCCAUGGAUUCUUUUACAAUUUCCAAUAUCGGGAGAGGCUCUAAUAGGCUUUGGGUGCAUUUUGCAUGCCUGUGUUUUAUAUCUUUUUAUGGAUUAUUCCUACUGUAUAAGGAGUAUAGUUGGAUACUAGAAAGAAGGAUUCAACACCUUAGUAAUGUGAGGCAUCGGCCUGACCAGUUCACCAUUCUAGUUCGAGAAAUACCCUUCUGCGAUGAACACAAGGCUCGUGGAUGUCGUGUCGACCACUUCUUCUCCAAACAUCAUCCUUAUGCUUAUCAAUCUUAUCAAAUAUUAUAUGAUGGAAAAAAUGUUGAGGAGUUGCUGCGCCAGGCUUCAUCUAUUUCUAGAAAGAUUGAGCAAUUGCAACAGAGAUAUGAUAUUAAGAAACACAGUAAACUAUCCACAAUCUGCGAUAUAUUUCGAGAAAACAUUGCCAAAAAAGGAAUGUACGAGGAAAGGCUCCAAGAGUUAUGUCAUAAAAUACGCUAUUUACAAUGUGAAAGUAUGCUAAGGCAAAAGGAGUUGCCUGUUGCAUUUGUAUCAUUUAAGUCUCGAUGGGGGGCGGCACUAGCUGCCCAAACUCAGCAGCACAUGAAUCCACUCCUAUGGAUCACUGAAUUCGCCCCAGAACCGAAGGAUGUGCUGUGGAAUAAUUUAUACACUCCAUAUCAAUAUUUGGUGUUCCACAAAAUUGGAGUUUUUAUCGCAGCAACAGUUCUUACAGUUUUCUUUGCUAUUCCAGUCACAGCAGUUCAAGGAAUAGCACAGCUAGAAAACAUAAAGAAGUGGUUUCCUCCAGCCAGAGCUGUACAAUUGAUACCAAGAUUGAAUUCCAUUUUGACAGGCUAUCUUCCAAGUGUCAUUUUGAACACAUUCAUAUAUUUUAUUCCCUAUGCAAUGGUUUCAAUGGCCACACUAGAAGGUUGUGUCUCAAGGAGCAAAAAGGAGAUAAAAGCCUGCAGCAUGGUUUUCUAUUUUUUAGUGGGAAAUGUAUUCUUCCUCAGUUUGUUAUCAGGAUCUUUACUAGAUCAAAUUGGAGAAUCAGUCACUCACCCCAGGAGUUUCCCUAGUCAUCUUGCAGGUGCUGUCUCAGCUCAAGCAAAUUUCUUUAUAACAUACAUUUUAACAGAUGGGCUAUCAGGGUUCUCUCUGGAAAUUCUCCAGCCUGGCUUACUAAUUUGGCAUUUUAUGAAAUCUCAUACAUUUGGUCAGGGCGUAAAUAAAAAGCCUUACCUUUAUCCACUACCAUACUACAGAGUGAUCCCUAUCGUGUCACUUGCAAUAUUGAUUGGAAUGGUAUAUGCGAUCAUCACACCAUUGCUGCUUCCAUUUCUUAUUGUUUACUUCUUUCUUGGUUAUGUGGUGUAUAUCAAUCAGAUACAAGACGUAUAUGAAAUUGUUUAUGAGACAUGUGGACAAUAUUGGCCGCUCAUUCAUCACUAUAUCCUUAUUGCUAUCAUUCUCAUGCAAAUCACGAUGAUUGGUCUGUUUGGGUUGAAGUCAAAGCCAGCAGCGUCCAUUUCAACGAUACCACUUGUGUUGACAACUCUAUUGUUCAACGAGUAUUGCAAGAUCCGAUUUCUUCCAACAUUUUGCCACUACUCUAUCCAGAAUGCAAUGGAGAACGAUGACCGUGAUGAAAUGGAGGGUGUAAUGGGAGCCACCAGUGAGGUUGCAAUCAACGCUUAUCGUCCUCCUUGUUUGAGGCCAGUGGGCUUCGCUUCUCCAGAACCUAGCUCCAUAGAGCCUUUGGUCUCAUCCACAUGACGUAUACUCACUCUUUCUUCACUCCAUUAUUUACCCUUUCCUUUCUGCACGCAAGAAGGGUUUCUGUCAGGUGAGUUUCUGAUCAUACAACUUUUUGCGAAGCAAUCAUUAGGAUUGUUGUUUUGGAUGUGAUUGGCAAACGGAAUCCAUAAAGCCGGCCAGAAGUAACUGGGACAUGGCUAUGACGACGAUGAGGGAAGAUAUUGUAGGCUUUUCUCAAGUGGGAUUAACAAUUC